AUGCGGCCGCAGACGUCCUCCUCGACGGCAGCCUCGCCAUCCGUCCCGCGCCUCUUCCCACGCACACGGUCGUCGCAAAAUCUGCUCCGCUGCGCCCAUUUUCUUCCUCUCCUUCUCUUCCUCUCGACAACGACCUUCAUCCGCAACCUCCCCUUCCACCUCUCUCCUCCCUCUCUCCCCGCCCAGUACGCCCGCUUCCCUUCCUCCGCCUCCUCCUCCUCCUCCGCCGCUCUCCGCCACACCACGCUCCACUCCUCCCCCUCCCUCUCCCCAGCAGACCGCCUCGCAUUCUGCGAAGACGCCCUCCUCUUCCGUCCCUCCUCCCGUCCCCCGACCGCGUCCGCGCCCGACUUGGCACUCCUCUCGUGCGAUCCGAGCCGGAGGGAAUGGAACACCGUCAUGGGCCCUCUCGCCGACCCUUACGCGGGCGGAGGGGGGUUGUGGGUUGUAGAUCCGCUGGAGGGGAAAGUGAGGAGGGUUGAGAUGGAGUGGGAAGAGGUGAGGGAGGGGACGGGGGAGUUCCAUCCGCUUGGGAUUGAGGUUGAACGGACGGAGGAGGGAGAAGAUCGGUUGUUUGUCGUCAAUCACCGCGCCAACAGAUCGACUAUCGAAAUCUUUACCCUCUCCCGCUCUCCCGCCAAUUCCGACCCGCUUGCAUUUACAGCCACUCACCUAGCAACCCUAUCCCAUCCCUCCUUCACAGGCGCACCAAACUCGCUCGCCGCGUACUCGUCCAACUCGUUCUUCCUCUCGCACGACCAUCGCUUCAACCGCCGCUCUUCAUUGGUCUUUGCUCGACUUGCGAAUGCCGUCGAGACGAUUUUUGCGCUGCCUCUGUCGGGCGUGGAUUUCGUGCGCUUUGACUUACCGCGACAUGGGCAGGAAGCGAAAGUCGAGGUAGAGCGAGUGAUCUCCGGCGUGGCAUUCGCGAACGGUCUCGCGCUCUCGCCGGCCAAAGACACGCUCGUCGUCGCCUCCACAACCCGGCGCCAACUCCUCUUCUACCGCAUCGAUCCCGCCUCUCCUUCCGCCGCUCCAAGACUCGAGCUGAUCCGCACGGUUUCUCUCCCCUUUCUCGUCGACAACCUCUCCGUCCUCUCUUCCUCCUCACAAACCUCUGGCGUCCACUCACCGGAAGACGAAACGUUCGUCGUCGUCGCAGCCGGUCAUCCUUCAUACCUCGCCCUCCUCUCUGCCGCGCACCGUCUCUCGUUCGACAGCGGCCCUCCUUCACCUCUCGCCUCACUCGCCGCAGCGGUCGGCUUGAAGCGACUCGCGGAGUGGCGACUAAAAUAUGAUUGGAGAGAGCAGGAUGGGGGCAGUUGGGUUGUUGCGGUUCCGCACCCUCUUUCUUCCUUGUCCUCAAGGGGUCAAGAGGAGGAAUGGGAGACGGUCUUCCAAUCCCGUGGGAGACCAGAGGAAGGUGGAUUCGGAGGGAGCACGACUGCUGUCAGCGGGGAAGGGGAAGGCAGAGGGAGGUGGAUCGUCGUUACGGGGUUGUACGCCGAGGGUGUACGCCUUGUGCGGGAGAGGGAACGGGGCGAGUAG